ACGAAAUCAAGAGCACAAACUUUGAAAGUGAAAGUUGGUCCAUGCUUGUUGGUAUUUUCAAUUUUGGUGCUAGGAAAUUUAUGAUGUUUCAAGCAAACAAACAGAAGAAAAUAAAAGAAAUUGUUCUUUGUACUGGGAAUAAAAACAAAUUAAAAGAAUUUAUGCAAAUCCUGGGAGAGGAUUUUCCAUACAAGAUAACCAAUGCAGAUAUUGAUUUGCCAGAAUUUCAAGGAGAGCCAGAGGAAGUUGCCAGGGAGAAAUGUAAGCUGGCUGCAGAAAAGCUCAAGUGUCCGGUGGUGACCGAGGAUACCAGUCUGUGUUUCAAUGCUUUGGGUGGUCUCCCUGGGCCCUACAUUAAGUGGUUCCUCAAGAAACUGAAACCAGAAGGUCUACAUAAAAUGUUACAUGGCUUUGAGGAUAAAUCGGCCACAGCCAUGUGUAUUUUAGCGUACAGCUCAGGUGAGAAAGACUCUGAAGUGAAAUUAUUUUGUGGAAAAACACCAGGAGAAAUUGUUAAGCCCAGGGGAUCAAAUGAUUUUGGAUGGGAUCCAUGCUUCCAGCCCGAGGGCUUCACACAAACCUAUGCUGAGAUGCCUGGAGAAACAAAGAACACUAUUUCUCACAGAUUUAAAGCUGUUGAACUCUUUAAGAAACAUUUUCAAGAUGGAAGCUAAUAUCAAAUUAGAAUUUGAAGCAAUUUGGUUGUGUAUCAGCUUGUGAAAUUGCAAAUCUGCAAAAAAAAAAGAAGCUCUUGUGCUUUCCUUGUAAAACUUUGUGGUCAAUGAAAGGUAUAUUUUCUCAGGUUUUUUUUUUAGAGUAGGUUGAAUUCUAUGGAAGGAAACACUGAUCCUGUACGUAAAGUAACUGAUAAACUCUUACUGAUCUGGAAGGAUUGUGUAUUUACUAUUAUAUACAUGAUGUACAUAAUGAUUUCAACAGCAGGAUUUGCUUAAUAUAAGCUUUAUUUUCUGUGUACAUAACAUCAGAACUAACAAACUACUUUUACAUGAAGUUUAAAAAAUAAUACUUCUACAUUCUU